GCUUCUCUUUCGCACAAAAAAUUUAAAAUUCCCCGCUCACUCAAAUUCAAAGUCAUCUCUUGUCUAUAAAUCCACCCAAUUCUCGUAGAUCCUCUGUAACCAACCCAAAAUUCAAAGCCCUGAUUUUAAUUCCUUAUUUCGAUCACGGUUAUUAAGAAGAUGCCUGCCAUUCCAGAAGAGCCGCUUCUCGCUCCGAAUCCGGACCGUUUCUGCAUGUUUCCGAUCCAGUACCCCGAAAUAUGGGAGAUGUACAAGAAAGCCGAGGCCUCUUUCUGGACUGCCGAGGAGGUUGACCUCUCUCAGGACCUCCGCCAAUGGGAAGCCCUCACCCCCGACGAGAAACACUUUAUUUCCCACGUCCUAGCUUUCUUUGCAGCUUCAGAUGGCAUCGUUUUGGAGAACCUCGCUGGGAGGUUCAUGAAGGAGGUCCAGGUUGCCGAGGCCCGCGCCUUCUACGGCUUCCAGAUUGCCAUCGAAAAUAUUCACUCCGAGAUGUAUAGUCUGUUGCUGGAGACCUACAUCAAGGAUUCAGAUGAGAAGCACCGCCUCUUCCAUGCCAUCGAGACCGUCCCCUGUGUGGCUAAGAAGGCCCAGUGGGCCCUGCGCUGGAUCGACGGCUCGGAGUCCUUUGCGGAGCGUCUCAUCGCCUUCGCGUGCGUCGAAGGGAUCUUCUUCUCCGGAAGCUUCUGCGCCAUAUUCUGGUUGAAAAAGCGCGGGUUGAUGCCUGGUCUCACCUUCUCCAACGAGCUGAUCUCCCGUGACGAGGGGCUGCAUUGCGACUUCGCGUGCCUGCUAUACACCCUCCUAAGGAAGAAGCUGAGUGAGCAGCGCGUCAAGGGGAUCGUCCGCGACGCGGUGGAGAUCGAGAGGGAGUUCGUGUGCGACGCGCUACCAUGCGCGUUGGUGGGGAUGAACGGAGAUCUGAUGAGCCAGUACAUCGAGUUCGUGGCCGAUAGGCUCUUGGGCGCGUUCGGAUGCGGAAAGAUCUACAAUGUUCAGAACCCGUUUGAUUGGAUGGAGCUGAUCUCGUUGCAAGGGAAGACCAAUUUCUUCGAAAAGAGGGUCGGAGAGUACCAGAAGGCCUCCGUCAUGUCCAGCCUCAACGGUAACGGCGGUGGGACCCAUGUUUUCAAGUUGGACGAGGAUUUCUGAAUUUGUAACAUUUGUGUGGUUCUUUUAUUUGUUCUAAAAUUGUGGAUUUUUUUCUGUCCAGUAAAUUAGUAGUGAUGAGAAAAAAUACGGAUAAAUUUUCGUAAAAUGUUGUUCGCUCAUGUCUAUAUAUCUAACUUCCGUUUCAAUAUUCUGUCUCUUGUUAAUUUUUCUUGAACAAAUCCUCCUCUGUACUUUAUAAACUACUGUUAAUUUCCCGUUGUCCACUUUACCCUUUUCCCUUCGUUCCAUUAAAUUCUAUAUCAAGGAAUAAACUAUCUUUUCCCCUUUUUUUACAAUUCGUCGCUGGGUUUGGGGAAAAAGGACAACGUUCUGGCAUCAAUACCCCGAAACUGAAGUGAAGUGAAGUGAAUCGAUAACGGGAAUUUUAUCUAAUCGUGUGCACGUCAAAGACGACCAUUCGAGCAGGGAAAAGCUUCUGGGGUCCAAAAAUGGCCGUCUCAACUACGACUACUCCGCAGCUGCAGAGCCCCGGAUUCCUCUCUAGAGAACAGUUGCUCCAUCUCUUCAACCGCUUCGCUUUCCUCACUUCCCUGCCUGAUGUGAAGAAAAGGAUUGCAGACGCUGUUGAGGAUAAGCACGAAGCUGUAGCUGUAACCACUGCAAUCCAAGAGGAGAUAUUUCUGGAGAUGGGAGUUGAUCCAGCGUUUGGUUUAUCAUGCCUGGGGAAAGUGAAUGUGGUUUUUGAGAAUGAUCAGGAUUUGAUGAUUCGCUUUUAUAGAUUUCUUGCAAAGGAAGAGAUGGCCUGUGAUGAAGCUGAGCUUGGACCAGAGGAAUUUGCAGAAAGAAUUCUUAGUCAACAGAAACUGCAGGAACAGCAACUGGAGAUGCUAGAGCACAUGCGCAAAUUUCACUUGGAUGACCAAUCUGCAAUUCUUGAGAAGUUGCAUCAGCAGAUGGAAAAUGACAAUUAUGAAGGGGGCUCAUCGGUUUUGUCAUCUGAACAGAUUCAGGAGAUUGUUCAACGGAGGGUGUCACCUUUGUUUAGGCCAAGGUAGUUCGGGAUUAAAAUAUCACUCGUGGUGGUUGUAGUUAUCACUCGUGAUAUGCAUCAUGAUGGAAUGUUGGACUUUUGAGCUCGACUGUUUUCUUUUUU